AUGGCCUUUCAAUCUAGUACAGGUGAUCGAGUUUUACCUCCUAUUAUGACACUUAAACCAUCAUCCCCCUCUGCAACUAGUAAUGUCCCAAAACCAGUUUUACCGCCUGUAUCAUGUCUUGCACCUCCAAUACCUUUAAUUUCCCCAUUAACUUCUCCAGCAGAUUUUACAAACAAUUCAAAUCCUUUACAUAUUUCACAAUCCACACAACCUUACUUGAUAUCACCACAGAAACCCGAACUUACGUCACCACAUACUCCUAAUGGCCAUUUUCAUUUUCAACCUGAUACACCACCAACUUCUCAUCAACAAUAUAUCGAUCAACGGUCUCAACCUUUUUCACCAACGAGGGCUGCUGGCAGCGCGCCACCUCAUAUGCAACCUUCUUCACAUCAUCCUGGCAUGGUGAUAAGACCAAUGCAUCAUCCUUAUGCUCAUCCAAUUUAUCAUCAACAAGUAAGACCAGUAGUUGAUCCUGCAAGUGAAUUACUGGCUGAAAAAAGACGUCGUAAUGCUGGUGCAUCUGCUCGUUUUAGAGAUCGUCGAAAGCAACGUGAAAGAGAAAUGCAAGAAAAAUGUCAAUUUCUUGAAAGGAGAGUUCAAGAAUUGGAGAGUACUGAUAGUGCUAAACGUAUCGCUGAAUUAGAAAAAAAAUUGGAGGAUGCUAAUGAUGAGAGAGACUCUACAAAUAAAAAAUUUCAAGAACAAGAGAAAGAGAUGCUUAAACUUCGUUCUCGAUUAUGCGAACGUGAAUUCGAGUUUCUCACUCCUCCUUCAUCUGCGGGAGAGUACGAAUCAAAAGAGGGUUUAUUUGAUGAAAAUUCAAGAUUAUCAAGAUCUCCAUCAACCUCUUCAACAUGUUCAGAUCAUCAUAGGCGAAAGCCUACCGAUGUUAAAUCACUUUUAUCAUAA